UAUAGUAAGCACCAUAUAUGUUCAUGUAUAUAUAUACUCCUCUAUCUUAUUUAGGUGAUAUACAUAAUAUUGAAAUUAUAAGUGCAAUGGCAUCCCAAAUUAGAGCUAAUUAUUAUUCAUUUUUCAUGAGCCAAUUUCUACUACUAACCAUUAUUAGUGUUGUUAUUGCUCUAACAACAAAAGAACAAGAAAUGGAUCGGAUCACAACACUUCCGGGACAACCUCCGGUGACGUUUUCGCAGUUUUCCGGCUAUGUUUCCGUCAAUGAAGGACAUGGAAGAGCUUUGUUCUAUUGGUUAACACAAGCUACAACUCAUCAUGAGAAGAAACCUCUUGUUCUUUGGCUCAAUGGAGGUCCAGGUUGUUCAUCAAUAGCAUAUGGGGCAUCAGAAGAAAUUGGUCCAUUUAGAAUUAAUAAAACUGGUUCUUCCCUCUAUUUAAACAAAUAUUCAUGGAAUAAAGUGGCAAAUAUACUUUUCUUGGAAUCUCCAGCUGGUGUUGGUUUUUCUUAUACAAAUACAAGCUAUGAUCUCAAAGAUUUUGGGGAUAAAAGAACAGCUCAGGAUGCACUAAUAUUCCUCACGAGAUGGAUGUCAAGGUUUCCGCAAUAUAAAUAUAGAGAUUUUUAUAUUGCUGGAGAGAGUUAUGCAGGGCAUUAUGUUCCUCAAUUAGCACAGGCUAUUUACAAUUAUAACAAGAAAUUUUCACAUCCAAUCAUAAAUCUUAAAGGAUUCAUGGUAGGAAAUGCUGUUACUGAUAACAAAUAUGAUGGAAUUGGGACUGUUAUAUAUUGGUGGAGUCACUCAAUAAUAUCAGACAAAACAUACAAAAAUAUAAUGAAUUUUUGCAAUUUUACAUCUGAAAAUUCAUCAAAAAAAUGUGAUGAAUCAGUGAGUUAUGCAGUGAACCAUGAAUUUGGUCAAAUUGAUCAAUAUAGUAUUUAUACACCAUCUUGUAAAAUUGUGCAAAAUGAAACAAAUUAUAAUAAUGUUAGAUUCAAGAACACAAUUAUUCAUAGGAAAUUAUCUGGCUAUGAUCCAUGUACUGAGAAUUAUGCUGAGGAAUAUUUUAAUAGACAUGAUGUCCAAAGAGCUAUGCAUGCUAAUCUCACUAAGAUUUCAUACAAGUGGACGGCUUGCAGUGAUAUAUUAUUAAAGAAUUGGAAGGACUCUGAUGAUUCAAUGCUACCAAUAUAUAAGAAACUAAUGGCUGCUGGUCUUAGAAUAUGGAUGUUCAGUGGGGAUACAGAUUCAGUGGUACCAGUGACUGCCACAAGGUUCUCUCUAAGCCAUCUUAAUCUCAAGAUUAAAACUCCAUGGUAUCCUUGGUAUUCUGGAACUCAGGUGGGAGGAUGGACAGAAGUGUAUGAUGGACUUACAUUUGCAACAAUUAGAGGAGCUGGCCAUGAAGUUCCAUUAUUUCAACCUAAAAGAGCACUUAUUCUUUUUCAAUCAUUUUUGGCUGGAAAAGAAUUACCAAAAUAAAUUCAUAAAAAAUUAUUAAGAUUACAAUAAUCUUAAGUUGAAAGUCAUAAAAAAAAAGGCAAUUUUAAUUUAUAGCUCCCAAGAAAAUUAUGGGAGUUUUGCAAAUUAUCAUAUUCAUUUGAAAUUUGUGUAUUGAAAACUCAAUUUCCAAUAUAUCUAGAAUUGUCAAGGCAACUAAUUUUCUAUCAA